AUGGUUGCACAGCAAGAACCCCGAUAUGCGGAUCCCAUCUACCAAACCGCUCACGACAACACUUACAACAAACCGAUAAUCCAGGGCAUUCCAGCCGUCCUGCCACCGGGCGUGUCUCAAGAUGAGUUUGAUAGCGCGCUGAAGAAGCUAGCCGCUUCACUCGGGGAACAUGCCGUCUUCCAAGGCGAGAGGCUGAAGGAAUAUGUAGAUCCGUACGAGAUUCCGGAGGGUGGCCAUGAGAGGAAGGUGCCUGGAGCUGCCAUUUGUCCAUCCUCGGUUGAGGAGCUGCAGGCUGCUCUGAAGGUGGUCAACGAGUUCAAGAUUCCGGUGUGGACCGUAUCACGCGGCAAGAAUCUGGGAUAUGGAGGGCCUGCACCUGUCGUCAACGGAUCCAUCGUUAUGGAUCUCCACCGCAUGAACAAGGUCCUCGAGGUCAACGAGAAGUUCGCUUAUGCGGUGGUAGAGCCUGGUGUCACUUUUGGUGACCUAUAUACCUACUGCGUCGAGAAGAAGCUCAAAGUAUGGCCCAGCACCGCCUCUCUUGGAUGGGGCAGCGUGGUUGGCAAUACCUUGGACAGGGGGAUGGGCUUCAUUCCCUCAGGAAUCCAUCACGAAAACAUCGCCGGGCUUGAGGUAGUCCUUGCCAACGGAGAUGUCGUCCGCACUGGCCAGUUCGCAAUGACCUCUUCUCCAUCCGCCCAUCUGACCCACCUCAGCUUCGGGCCCUCGAUCGACGGGCUUUUCCUUCAGAGCAAUCUGGGCAUUGUUACCAAGCUAGGAAUCCAUAUGACGCCGCAGCCACAAGCGUAUAUGCCUUGUACCUUUGAUAUGCCCGACUUUGACGAUAUUGAGACGAUCACUGAUGUGUUCGGCGAGAUGCGUCGCAACAAAACUCUCCCGACAAUUGUGUACGUCUUCAGUCUUAUCGAGUGGUCCGCUAUCUUCGGCCCGCGGCACAAGUACUGGGAUGGCGACGGGCCGAUUCCGGACUGGAAGAUCAAGGAGAUGCAAAAGGAGCUGGAUACUGGGUUCUGGACCGUCAAAUGGGGGUUCUAUGGGCCAAAGGAUGUUCUUCAGGCACAGUACAACGAGGUCAAGCGCGUUGUGUCCAAGGCAGCGCCAAAGGGCCGUCUGAGGAACACGCUCUUCUAUGGCGGCGAGGAAGCCCAGCUCCUUGAGGCAGCAUCUGUGCCGCAGCCGUAUGGUGGGAUGUUCGUUGGAGUUCCUAGCAUGUUCUCUAUUCCCAUGGUGGACUUCUAUAACCCCAAGGAAGGCGGUGGUGUCGGUGCUCACGGCGCUUACUCGCCCAUAGUCCCACUGGACGGCAAGACGAUGAAGAAAUGGGUCACGGCGGCCCGUAAGGUGUAUGAAUCCCAGGGCCUGGACUUGUUGUGCGACUACUUCAUGCACGAACGCCAUGCGGUCUUCGUUUGCAUGUUGUGCUUCGACAAGACCAAUGCCAAGCAACGUCAGGCCAUUGACAACGUGUUCAACGGGCUGUUCGAGGAGGGCUCGAAGCUGGGGUUCGCAAAGUAUCGCUCUCACAUAGCGCAUAUGGUUGCUGAGCUUUUCGACUUCAACGACCAUGCAUACCGCAGAUUCGUGGAAACGAUCAAGGACUCGCUUGAUCCUAACGGUGUACUCUCCCCAGGCAAGAUGGGCAUCUGGCCGAAGACAUACAGAGAUCAAAAUUUGAACGGGGCGAAGCAUCACAGCGAAGCCAAACUCUGA